CUCCCAAAUCCGCUGUGUCUUCUGAUUAAAAAUACUCGUGAGCAAUACUUUAAGAAUCCUUCUUUAUUGUGUAAUUAACAAUUUCAUCACCCUACCUCCCCUAUUCGAGUAAAUUGCAAAAGAAUUUUUCCAAGUUUUGAAUUUAUUUUUUUUUGGGUGAAUUCCUCAAAAAUUCUCAAGUAAUAAAUUUGCCCAAAAUCCGUGCAUUGCAUAAUCUAUUUAUUGUUUAUAAAUCAAAUUAGAUGAUUAGCUGUGUGCAAAUAUUCCAAUAAUAGACACUAAUAAAAAAUUCGAUGAUCGAUCCCAAACAUAACAAGAACUUGGCCAACAAGCAGAAAAUGUCUGGGAAGGAUAGUGGAGCUAUUGAGCGCUUCUUUGGGGACAUUUCCAAAGGAUCAGCCACGAAGCAGAUUGCAAUUGGAGCUGCAUCCGGAUGGCUCACUGGAUUUGUGACUGUUCGUGUGGGAAGAUUGGUAGCUGUGGCUGUGGGUGGCAGUAUAAUCCUCCUGCAGAUUGCCAAUGAGCAGGGAUACAUUAACGUCAACUGGAACAAAGUUAAUGCAAAAGUGGACAAACUUGCUGACAAAGUGGAGGAAACAGUCACGGGCGAAGGACCCAGAUGGGUUGAUAAAGCUGAGCGAUACUUGGACCGCAAGAUCGGCCAGGCAGAAGAUUUGCUGAAGCAGCAGCAGAAGAAAACGCGAAAAUGGUAUUCAGCUUUGAUUGGGGAUGAGAAUGGGUGCAGAUUGAAUGAUUUCCACAUCUUCCUGGGUGCCUUUGCAGCUGGGAUUGUUCUCGGUGUUGGUACUGCCAAGUAAACACAUCCCCCUCACAGAAUCAUCAUCACCUCCCCAUCGUCACAACACGAUGGGGAUGAAAGUGAAUCGUUUUUUAAACUUAGAAUUUUAUCGUGAAUCUCUAAAUGAGAAAACUUUUUGCAAAGUAUUCGUAGUAAAACAUAAAUUAGAAAACAUCCAAAAAAAUGAAUGAAAAAUUUUCCAAAAAAGCUAAAGAAAAGUUAUUUUAGCACAAGAUAAUUUUUGCUUUGCGACUAGAAACUUAUAAGACUCAUUUAACUUUAAAAAAUCUUCCUUAAGUUUUGAAUAAAUUAAUCAUUGGAAAAAGGAUUAAGAGGAUUUACUUAAAACCUUAAACUUUUAUUAUUAUUAAUUUUCCGACUUUGCUAAUAAAUAUUAUUGUAGAAAGAA